GGUCCAUCAAAUUAUGAUCUGCUCAAGUUGACUCUUCUAUUCAGAUAGCAGGAGCAGAUUCUAUUCAGAUAUAGCAAGGAUGACAAAAUAUUUGCAGGGUCCACAGCAUGCCCAGGGAGAACAUAACCUCAAAGCAUUGCAUGAGCGAUUUCCUUCAGUCACAAAACAUUCUUUUGAUAGAUAAAUCUAGACACAGCGGGGGUGUUUAGAAUCAACUCGUCUCCCGUCAAACACUGAUUAAUAUCAUUACCUAUCACUCUCCACUCUUAUACCAGACAGUCAACGCAUGCCUUUGUCGGAGAUCGUGGUGACGACGAUGACGGUGAUAAUGACGAUGACGAAGCAAGAUAGGUUUAUAUUCCUUGUGAUCAUUUCACUGACUGCCCUCUUAGCAACAGGGGAGUCUACAUUAUGCGGUGAGAAUGAAUCUAGGGAGCACCACGAGCUGAAUGGAUGGUAUAAUAACAGAGCCGAUCCCAGGAUUGGGACGUAUGAAACUCGACUGCUUCGUCAGCUACCAGUCGGGUACCCGGAUGGAGCAUAUUCACCUGCAGGUCCUAACCGACCCAACCCUCUCACUCUCAGCAAUCUACUCAUGCAUGGCAAAUCGGGCAUACGUUCUGAAAAUAAAAAAUCAGCACUCCUUGCGUUCUUCGCACAACACGUGAUGAAUGAGAUCGUGGAUUCAUCUAACACGGGUUGUCCCGUCGAGUGGAUGAAUAUGAGGAUCCCUGAAGACCUUACCCGUAUGUACGGUGGGGCAAAGAUCAUGCCCUAUCGAAGAGGUCUCUACGACCCAGACACCGGACAAUCGUCAGCAGUACCUAGAGAACAGAUGAACACGGUAACCCCAUGGCUCGACGGCACUGGUAUCUACGGACCUAACCGAGUUUGGGAAUCUGAGAUGAGAGAUUAUGAGAAUGGGAGACUGAAGGGAGAGUUAAGACAGCAAGAGGGAAGGAGACACGAAGAAUUCCCAGCUCGGAACUACGCUGGGUUCCCUCUCACAAACCAUGCCCCUGCCACGGAUCAUGAAGUCUACGAAGCUGAGAGACUCUUCCUUCUUGGCAAUCCCCAUAGCAACGAGAACCCCGCCCUCCUCUCAAUCGGCGUCUUAUUCUGGCGUUGGCAUAAUGUAUGGGCUGACCGAGUUGCAGACGAGUGCUCGAAUAUUACUAAGGAAAACGACAUAUAUGACAUUGCUAAGAAGUGGGUAACAGCAACCUACCAGAAAAUCGUGUUUUACGACUUUCUACCAGCCUUUUUAGGCAUGGAUGCAAGUGACAUGGACAAAUAUAACUACACAGGUUACAAGCCGUAUCUCAAUCCGGGUAUCUCCAACGAGUUUGAGGCUACAGCGAUGAGAUAUAUGCAAACUCUGAUACCAUCUGGUAUAGCACUCAGAGAGAAUGAAAACGGUUCAUGUAAAGUCAAGGUGACAGAAGAUGGCUAUCCUGGACUUCGAUUAUGCAACACCUACUGGGAUGGACAAUCUCUACUUUUGAAGAAUGGAUUGGACGAAAUCGUUCUCGGUAUCGCCUCUCAGUGGGCCGAGGAAGAUGAUAACAUCGUGGUCGAAGAUAUCCAAGGUUAUUUCUACGGUCCAUUUUAUGGCUUCACUCGUAGUGACCAGGUUGCUAACACAAUACAGCAUGGACGGGACCACGGGCUUCCUGAUUACAACACGGCUAGAAAGGCACUGGGACUACAGCCUCUCAAUAUCACUCAGCUUAUGAACAGAUGUACAAGUAAUGGCUGUAAAAUCACCCCAGAGGUGUUCGAUAACUUGACCUCACUGUAUGACGGAAAUGAUGAUGAUAUUGAUAUGUUCAUUGGCGGAAUGCUGGAAACCACUCAGGAUGGACCAGGGGAACUGUUCCAGCAUCUUAUUCUAGACCAGUUCAUGAGAAUCAGGGAUGCUGAUAGACUUUGGUUUGAAAAUAAAGAUAAUGGGUUGUUUACAGAGGAAGAGAUUGAAGUCAUCCAUUCCGUUUCCAUGUGGGAUGUCAUAGUCAAUACUACAGGCAUACCGGAUACAAUGAUACAGAGAAAUCCUUUCAAAUUCACCGCCAGUGAUCCUUGCUUUUUUAAUGUGGAGAAUGCAUCUUUCAAAGAAAAAGAUUUAGAGCCCUGCGUACCUCUCAUCAUAUUUGACUACUUUACCGGUAGCAAGGUCUCCUAUGCCUUGAUCUUUGGUUUGCUCUUCCUCUUCAUCAUAGGGUGCAUCUUGACCCUGUACACCAUCGCCACAAUGCGCAUGCGCAAAAUAGAGGAAAACAAGCGAGCCAUUCACAAAUCAGCAAGAAGCAAACAUCCAGAGAACACACAAUCAUAUCUUGCGAAUGAAUGGUGUGGUUUUAACGAGCCUGUGAAGGAGAUUGAGGUCUGUCUUGGUCCCAAGCGGUGUAUUCGGGUGAUGGGCCAGCGCGGAUCCAAGCUUCAUCGUAGCAUUGAUGUGGGUUGUCCACAAAGGAUUACAAUCUUCAUGAGCUCAGACUCCAAGCAGAGAUACAUUCUAGUCAAGCUUGAGAAAGAAUACGACCUCGUCCUCAAGUUUCUGGAUGUCGACGAUCGUCUCGAGUUCGUGAGUGACCUCCAAAGUUUCAUCGGACGAGAGCAGAACGGAGUGGUGAUGGAACGUCGAGAGUUACGGGAAUAUGAUCUGCUACGGAUGGCGGUUACCAAGCAACAGCGACAGUCAGUUCUAGAACGGUUUAUUCGGCUAGCUCUAGACAGUGAAGCUGAAAGUCCUGAAGAGUUGAUGGAAAGCAUCACACAGAUGGAUGAUGGUCAAGCCAUCAUGGAAUGUGAACUCAGCAAGUAUGAGUUCGGUGAACUUCUCACUCUCAGUCCAGAAUCGCAGUUCGUUCAACUCAUGUUCGAGCUUGUCGAUAAGGACGGCAGCGGGUCGAUCUCCUUCAGAGAGUUUCUCGACGUCACUGUCAUCUUUGCGAAGGGUAAACCAGAGGACAAGAUUAAGCUCAUGUUUGACAUGUAUGACGUCGACAAUUCUGGUGCACUGUCACGUGAUGAGUUCAAAAUCAUGCUCAGGUCGAUGUUGGAGACGAACAGCGCGUCGCUGGAACAGGACAAGAUGGAUGAUGCCAUUGCAUCAAUGUUCAAGGAUGCUGGAUUCGAAGAGAAGGAGGAGCUGACACUGGAAGACUUUAACAUCCUCAUGGGAGAUAACAAGGAGAGCUUUAGCAAAUCUAGCAUCGGCAUAGGAAAAAGCACCCCUGUAGGUGGUAAGAGCAAAGCAUCAGGAAGCAAGAAAUCUCGAGAUGGAAGCAAGAAAUCCCGAGACGGAAGCAAGAAGAGCAAAGACGGCAAGACGGAAAAGGGUGGCAUAAGGAGUGCUCUGGCAGGCUAUGCAAACCGUCGCUCGUCCAAGAAGAAGAAGAAGACUAAUGUGAAGAUGGGUACAGUAGAGAAGACAUAUCAGAACAACAAACUUGUCCGCUUCUAUAACAGCAUCACGAGCUACAUCGAAAACAACAAGUUGGAAAUCUUCUGGGUGACUCUUUACAUGUCGAUCAUGUGUGGUUUCUUUCUUCAAAAGUUCUUCCAAUAUCGAACAUUCUCGGAGCAUGUAGGUACCCGUCGAAUAACCAGCUGGGGUCUACCCAUCACCCGUGGUGCUGCAGCAGCUCUGAUGUUCACCUACUCUACUCUACUCGUCACAGUGUGCCGUAAUACCAUCACUAAACUAAGAGAGACUUUCCUCUCCCACUACAUCCCCUUUGAUGCUUACCUUAGCUUCCACAAGCUGGUAGCAUACACGUCACUCGGAUGGUCAGUGCUUCAUGCGAUUGGUCACGGUGUUAACUUCUACCACCUGUCGACCCAAGCUGCUGAAGACAUGUACUGCAUCUUGCCUGAUGUGUGGUUCAGAUCGCAUGUCUUCCCAAAGUUCCAUCACUGGAUCGGAACUACAGUUACAGGGGUGACUGCAAUGGCACUGGUGAUCGUAUGCACCAUCAUUUUCGUCUUCGCGAGCCAGUACUCUCGACGUCGUGUCUUCCGACUCUUCUGGAUGACCCAUCAACUCUAUGUGGUUUACUUUAUCUUGAUGACCCUCCAUGGUUCGGCCAGACUCAUUCAACCCGUGUCUUUCUACUACUUCUGUCUUGGACCGGUCAUCCUAUUCACCCUGGACAAGAUAGUCAGCAUCGGCCGAAGAAAGGUGGAGAUCCCCGUUCUCCAAGCAAAUAUACUACCAUCAGAUGUUACCAAUCUGGUGUUCAAGCGACCAUCCACCUUCGAAUACAAGUCUGGUCAGUGGGUACGGAUUGCUUGCAUGGUUCUAGGAGGUAAUGAGUAUCACCCCUUCACCCUGACAUCAGCUCCUCAUGAAGAGAACCUGUCCCUUCACAUCAGAGCUGUAGGACCAUGGACAAUGAACCUCAGGUCCACCUAUGACAGUAAACUGGUUCUUGGAGAACCACUCCCUAAGAUCUAUCUUGAUGGACCCUACGGUGAGGGACAUCAAGACUGGUAUAAGUUUGAUGUAGCUAUCCUGGUCGGAGCUGGGAUCGGAGUCACACCAUUCGCUUCCAUUCUCAAAGACAUCGUCAACAAGUCAACAGGCAACUCCAAGUUCUCAUGCAAGAAGGUGUAUUUUGUGUGGGUAACUCGUACUCAGAAACACUUUGAAUGGCUAACUGAGAUCAUCAAGGAUGUCGAAGACCAUGAUACGAAUGACAUGGUAUCAGUCCAUAUCUUCAUCACACAGUUCUUCCAGGAAUUCGAUCUCCGUACUACAAUGCUGUACAUCUGUGAGCAAAACUUCUACAAAGUUUCGAGUCGAUCUCUGUUUACUGGUCUCCGAUCAGUAACUCAUUUUGGCAGGCCAGAAUUCUACACCAUGCUGGAGUCCAUCCGCCAGAAUCACACCGAGGUGAAGAAAUUCGGUAUCUUCAGUUGCGGCCCUCUUGGUAUCAACAAAGCUCUCGGGGUCUCCGUCGCCGAGAUCAGGAAAGAGAAUGCCGGCAUCAUCUUCGAGCUCCACAACGAAACAUUUUAAAGCGUUAUCGAGUUCGUCAUCGACUUCGUUUGAUAAUCUUGGCUUGUACAGCAGGACUGUCGCUUGAUGAAGUGCAGUGUUCAGGACGAUCAGAAGCUCACGAUGAUGAUUUGAAGAAAGAUAGAGAGGGGGAGAGAGAGACACAAAGAGACAGAGAGAGAGAGACAGAGAGAGAGGGGGGACGGGGGUGGCGGUGAAAAAGACUAACUUUGCCCUAUUUAUUAAUGUUCUCACAGGGGUCGCUAUGGACACAUGGUGGGGGAAGGGCUGAGGCGUACGUAGGUCACAGCCUAUUUUUAAAACAAAAAUCAGUUAAUCUAUACAUUUUCAAGGCUUAAUAUGUAAAUGUUGGUUUAUAUUACAUAACUUUGGAGGAUUUGUUUGAAAAUUGAUGCCUAAUCUGUUGGCACAUAAUUAUGAUGAAACACCCAACGUUUCCCAUUCAAAAUGGUCUUGCGAUACCUCUUCUAGUCCCUUAUAUUGAUGUUAUAGAGAUUGGUGCUUACCUACAUCUAAAUGAAAUGCCUUAUCGGUUCAUUGAACACAUUAAAGCAAAAAUCUUUAACGAGGCCAUAUCAAUGCAGUACUGGAUCAGCGAGCACAUUGUAUGUCCAGUUUAGAACGUCACAACCGCUAGAGAUGGCGCUAGUUAUCCAAUUUAAUUACAGUGUGACGUCUUCCUUCACCUUUCACAGUUUCACUGGAGUGUACAUAUAUUGCAUAUAUUGUAUACAAAUGUACAUAAUUUACGUCAGUCAUUUGAAAUGUAAUAAUGAUAUGUCGAAGUACUAAUGUUUAUUCAAGAGUUGUAUUUAGUGAUAAUUGAUAAAUAUACACAAAACUUGAGAUGAUUAUAAAAAAAAAUACUGCAAUUUGAUGAUUGUGAAAUUCUAGAUGAUGCUAGACAUGCUAGAUUACUUAACCUUCGUUUCCGUUCCUUUCUCCUGAAAAUCGGUAUGGGUACGCCUCAACAGCUAAAGCGCAGAAUGUUAUUAAAUGAAACCAAUAUCUCAUUCCUAAAUUUAAUUGUUAUUCCUUUCUUCACAUCCCAAAAUCAUUUGGAUGCAUCGUUAUUUUGCCAGGGUUACAUACAUCGUCGGAAUAAUGUCAGUAUAGUGACCGUGUCUCAAAAACAAUACCCAGAUUACGAAAGCAAAGAAUAAACAAAAAGUUUUGAGGGGUAUUCAUCACAUGUAAUAGUUCAUUUAUGAAAAAUGUACAUUUAAUAGAUAAGAGUACGUAUCGAGUUCAAGCAGAUAUUGACUAAUAACUGCUGCUAUAUAUUUGAAUAUUUGUAAUUGUAAUAAAAACAUUUCAUAAGUUCUUAAAUUCGCUGCAAGUAUGUCACCACGGUUAUAGAUGCUCGUUGGUUAUUAUACAUUAGAUAUCACUGUUUGUAAAGCAAAUACGUUUCUUAUCAAACAUUAAUAUUUGUGGUGAUGAAUGAAGUCUUUCAAUUUUUUUAUUUCUAAGUUCAGUUUGAAUUGUACAAAAAAAUCAAACAAUAUAAGUUUCGUUAUUUAAAUACAAUUAGAACAUCCAAAACAUCGGAACUAACAUGAUACAUGUACAAUGAAAAGCGUAGAAAUAAAUUGGAAAUACAAUAUUUAUAUAAAUGACAUAUAUGUUUUACCUAUAAUUAUAAAUCUAGAAGGAAUUCCAUAACCUAUUAUAUGCCGUGUUGGACAUAAGAGAUCCAACACAACAUGCUUAUAUACGUUGAAAGUGUGAUUAGGUACAAAUAAUGUGCAGAGCUUUUAACUAUUCAGUGUUUAUAGAAUUUUGACAUCUUUAAAGUGUUUAUUUUUUGGUUUCUGCGAAGAAUUACUAAUGGAUGAAUAUUCGACACGAGGAAUGUUGGAUAUGUGUAAAUAAUCUAUGAUCCGGUUGGAACACAAAUUUGCUUUUUGCUCCUUAGUGCAUUUACAUAGCGGAUAUUAAAACUCGGUCUUAAAUUGCUA